AUGCUUGGGCGACAAGAAGUCCUCGAGCUCCUAAAGUCGAUGGGCAUUGAACUACCUAGAAAAACCAAACUUCCCGACGCCGAGCUGGACAAACGACUGACAAAGGCGCUCGACAGCGCGCAAUACCUGUCUCGAGUAAUUCCUGACCCGCCUCUCGACCCGCGGAUCUACCCGUCCUGGUUCGAGAACCCCUCCAACGCGAAACUUCUCGAUGGGGUCCGGCGCCACAGCUUUGGGGAAGCAUCGCUCUUUGCGGAGGGAAAAGAUUUCCCGCUUUAUGGAAACGCGUUUUGGGAUUUGAGACAGACGGUUAUGGGCAUUGGAAAUGCGUGCGACACGCUCAAGAGCGAUGAGCUUCCUCCGAUAGCCGUCCAAGAUAAAGAAGGCUUGUCUGGGAUUGUGAUGAGGGUACUUGAGGUGAAAGAGUUUGACAAAAACACCCCCAUCAUCGUCCUUUUGUAUCGCCACGAUGUCCGGAGCACUGUCUCGCAAGAAGCUAUUGCGUGGUUGCGGGAUAACCGGGAUGAAGGCCGGUCAAUGGCGACAGUGACCGCCACCUUGAAAGAGCAAGAGCUGCUUCUCCGGCUCCUUAAACAGAACAGCAGACGGAUUGCAAAGAAAUAUCAGCCCAAGCGCCUGUCGACCGAGUCUGCGUUCACCUGUAGCUUUAUUCUGCCUGUAGGACCAUUGACUGCAAAAGACACGGCAAAAUAUAGUGCUAACAAUGGAUGUACGAUUUGUGGAGAGCCAGCCAAAUCGAAAUGCUCUCGCUGCGGUGUUGUACGCUAUUGUGGUUCAGUAUGCCAAAGAGACGAUUGGAAGGCCCACAAAGCCCUCUGCAACCAACUCAAAGGUGCUCGAUGGCAUCGACUGACCUUCAUCGACGGUCAGCAACUUCCGUCGAUACCCGGCGCUGUCGCUUUCACAUGGAACAAAUUCGACAUCGUGCAACACCGUGUGGAACGCCUGGAGAAACAGGAGCAGCUUGUUGCAGACGAGCCUCCAGAGAAUACCCACGGGAGUUCAACCUUCAUCGUCAAGGUCCAGCUAUCCUCGUCCAACGCCAGAGGCCCUGGAUAUCAGCUUCUUCAAAAACAAUUUACCCCGUCGGAGCUGGAGGGGAGCACGAUGUUGAUAUACGACCAGAAAAGGGUGUUCGAGGUUACAGUCAUGCGGGACGGCGACCGAGCGUCGUUUGAUGCGGUGGCUGAUGUCGUGAGAAGUAAAGGCGAGCGAGGACUGAAAGUGUUUUGCUGGGCGGUAAGAACGGCAGACUGGACGGUGGAUAUUUGCUUGGACCAUCUUCCCGAUUGGCAGAACUGGUGA